AAAGAAAACAGAAAAGUUUUUCAGACAGCAAGCGUGCGGAGCACAGAAAACGACGAGCCAUGCCAGCAAAGGACGCGACCGCGCCGCCGACCUUCGAUCUCCCCGACGACGUGUUACGCGUCCUGCCCUCCGAUCCCUUCGACCAGCUCGACGUGGCCCGCAAGAUCACCUCCCUCGCCCUCUCCGCCCGCGUCUCCGAGCUCGAAUCCGAGUCGUCCGCCCUCCGCGCCGACCUCGCCGCCCGCGACCGCCUCGCCGCCGACCUCCGGUCCCAGAUCGAGUCCCUCGACGCCUCCCUCGCCCACGCCGCCGAUCGGCUCGCCCGAGCCGACCGCGAGAAGGAGGAGUUGCUGAGAGAGAACGCUUCGCUGUCGGAGACUGUGAAGCAGCUGAAUAGAGAUGUUGCGAAGUUGGAGGUAUUCCGGAGGACGCUUAUGCAGUCCCUUCGAGAGGAUGAUGAAAGCUUUGCAGGAACACCGCAAAUCAUUGCCAGGCCAACGCUAAGUGAAGAUGAUGGCUCCCUGCCUCCUUCAAGAUCAUCGUCGGUUCAGAGCCGGUUAUCAGAAAUGGGAAACUCAUCAGUAGAGGAUCCUGAAACAGAAGACUCGAGACCAGGGAUAUCGCAUGGCCUGAUAUUCAGUUCGCAAACUAGCACUCCUCGGCUCACUCCUCUUGGAUCUCCGCUAAGUUUAUCACUAUCUGGAUCUCCUUCAAGAGUUUCUAAGGCAGUGUCUCCAAGACGGCAGUCCAUGUCAUUUGCAACUCCACGAGACAAGUUUGAUGACAGGUCCUCCGCGUGCUCUUCGUUGCCCUCAAUCAGCCAUGGUUCUGUAGCAGGCUUCGAGACAGGAUCUCAAACAGGAAUAACUCGAGUCGACGGGAAAGAGUUCCUACGGCAAGUGAGGACCCGAUUACCAUAUGAGCAGUUUGCUGCUUUUUUGACAAAUGUUAAGGAAUUGAAUUCUCACAAGCAAUCAAAAGAAGAGACUCUACGGAAUGCUGCAGAGAUCUUUGGUUCAGAUAAUAAGGAUCUCUAUGAUUUAUUCGAGAGAUUCUUGACUCGCCAUUCUGGUUAACUACAUCAACCGGCGAACAAAUGCCUUAAUGAUGCGGUACUGUCUGUAAAAAAUAAUUUUCAUCACUUUAAUUGUACAAGUCGAAUAAAUUUAAACUCGUCAUGGUCGGAGAGACGAGGUUUUGGUCCUGCAUUGACAUUGGUUUGGAUUCAACCAACCAUCCUCAUUUGGGGUGAAUUGUGCUUU